UCUAAGCCACCAUAAUUCUGAGUGACCCAAGAUUAUUUGUUUGAUCGUCGCUAAGAAUACUAGAUUUAAAUCAAAUUAGAAUGCAUUGAUAUGGAACAGUAUGAGAAGAUUAAAGUUGUUGGAAGAGGUGCAUUCGGGACUGUGUACCUGUGCCGCCGGCUGCACGAUAUGAAGCUGAUCAUCAUCAAACAAAUUCCAGUAGAACAGAUGACCAAAGAUGAAAGACAAUCAGCGCUGAAUGAAGUGAAGGUGUUGUCUAUGCUGGACCACCCAAACAUCAUCGAGUAUUAUGAGAACUUCCUGGAGGACAAGGCCCUCAUGAUAGUCAUGGAGUAUGCUGAGGGUGGCACAGUGUUUGAAUACUUACAACAAAGAGGAAAUGCUCUAAUUGAAGAAGAUGAGGUAUUGCGUCUCAUGGCUCAGAUCCUGCUCUCCAUGAAGCACGUCCACUCCAAGCAGAUUCUCCACAGGGAUCUCAAGACACAGAACAUCCUCCUCAAUCGGGAUUGUGACGUCAUCAAGAUAGGAGACUUUGGGAUCUCCAAAAUACUCAGCAGCAAGAGCAAGGCCUUCACGGUGGUGGGGACGCCUUCGUACAUUUCGCCGGAACUCUGUGAGGGAAAACCAUACAAUCAGAAAAGUGAUAUGUGGGCGAUUGGUUGUGUGCUCUAUGAGCUACUCACACUCAGGAGGGCCUUUGAGGCAAAUAACCUACCAGCUCUAGUGAUGAAGAUCAUGAGGGGUUCCGUUGCCCCCAUAUCAGACCGAUACAGUGACCAGCUCAAGCGACUCCUCCUCCGCAUGCUCCACCUGGAUCCUGAUAAACGACCCACGAUAGACCAGGUCAUGGCCGAACCAAUCAUCUUCAAGGCUGUCAUUGAAGUAUGCAUGACGAUGGGGGCUGUCAAAGUCCAUCCCAAGACACAUCCCAUUCUCUCCUCACGGCCCCCAACAGGAAACCAACGCAGGUCAGCAUCUAGAGUUAGCAGUGCUAGAUCAUCAUCACACCGAUCUAACAUCAUACUAGAAAGCAGUGGCAGCGGUGGGCUUCCCAAGCCCCGCCCUCUUUCCUUGAUCUACUGCUGGGGGAAUGGUAUCCCAUCCCCUCUCAGGCUGCCCCUACCCCAUGCAGACACCAAGGUUCUGCAGGUCUCUAUCGGGAGAUCACAGAAGACUGGUGUGACCCACAAUGGCAGGCUCAUCAUCUGGGAGUCACCAUCAAUAGGCACAGACUCAGGCCUACCCGGUGCAGUAGAUCAAGUGGUACCAUUGUACAUACCAAGGUACCUAGAGGGUCAGUCAGCUGUUUCUAUACAGAACGUCUCAUGUGGUGACCUGUUCGUUGCAUGUCUCACAGACAGGGGAAUCCUGAUGACGUUCGGAAGUGGCGCCCAUGGCUGCCUGGGUCACGGUAACUACCAGGACCUCUCCCAGGCUAAGAUUGUGGAGGCCCUCCUGGGGUACGAGGUCGCGCUGGUUUCCUGCGGAGCGUCGCAUGUCAUGGCGGUGACCAAUGAGCAUGAAGUCUUCUCCUGGGGAAGGGGAGACAAUGGUCGUCUUGGUCUUGAUAGCCAGGAAUCUGUCUCGUCCCCUCAGGCGGUAGUAUUACCCCCUCAGCACCGGGCUAGAUCUGUCUGCUGUGGGGUAGACUGCUCGAUGCUCAUCACAGAGGAAGGUGUAGUCAUCGCUUGUGGCAGCAACAGGUGCAACAAGUUAGGCCUGGACCAAGGAGAACAGCAGAUAGAGGAAGUCUUCUCUCUCACACAGGUCGCUACCCAUCCACUACCACAACUCAAUAUCACUUCAGCCGCCAUCGGUACAUCACACUCUGCUUUCAUUACAGACAAAGGAGAAUGCUACACCCUGGGUUCUAACCAAUUUGGACAGCUCGGCUGCAGGACAGAAACCACAACUCCCAGAAUCCCAUGCAAGCCAAGCUUUCCUGAUGAUGUCACCCUCACCCAGGUGGCCUGUGGAGACAUGUUCACCGUCGCCAUAACGACAGAUGACAAAGUCUUUUCAUGGGGUAAAGGGGCAAGAGGAAGAAUAGGGCGCCCUCUACAGGACACCAGUGCACCACGGCAGGUCCGUUUAGUUGACCAGGACAUCAAUGUACUAUCUGUGUCAUGCAGCCAUAGCAACACCAUCAUUGCAUCAAAAUAUGUGGAGAACGAAGCCUAAAAGUUAUUGAACAAGACACAUGUAUUCUUCUAUGCAGGUAAUAACAGACCGAGGCGUCAUAAAUCACUUAUACAGGAAGUACUUAUGCAGGAAACUCCUGUAAUAUUAUGGUGGUUUUUGCAUGUAUGUUUAUCAGACAUUGAAGGUUCUAUUCAAGUUCAUAUUUCAAUGCUUCACAAAUGUAUUUAAUACGAAAUGUUAGUAUUGUAACUAGUCUCUGAACAAUGAAUACAUGUAUUUUUGGACUGGUUGCAUUUCAAGAGCAGAUCUUUAAAGCGAGGGAGAUGGCAGUCAGUUUUCAUGUGCAGAAUGCCAUAGUUCGCUGACACCAGGCUUGGUGGAAAUACCAUUAAUGGGUGUACAGUAACAAGUCUGCACACAGCAAAACCAUAGUCCUAUCAAGAAAUACCCCCUAGUCUCUCAGAGAGUCUUUGGGUGAGGGAAACGUAAGAUAAUAUUUUUACCUUAUGGGGGAAUGGGUUGAAAAUGUAAAGGAGUACAUAAGGCCUGUUGGUCAUAAUACUAAAGUUUAAUCCUGGUGAUUGACAACACCUGUAUUCGGGUGACACCCUAAUUCCCCAUGAGAGCCGACUACAAUGCGUCUUUAAAAGAAGACAUCAAGUUUUUUUUUUUAAUGGAAACAAUUUGUCCCAUAACCAUCUUGUUUUGAAUUUGACCAUUGAAGCAUAUAGAGAAGACAGCUUCUUAUGUAAUACCAAACUUGAAAGUGUAGUAUUAUCGAAUAUGAAUUUCCAUUAGGCGUGGACCCUAUACUAGUAGUUCAUUUUAUAAUGGGUAACAAGCAAAUGUUUUGUUUUGGAGAAUACUCUCGGGAACCGGUUAUUUAACAUACAUGUAUAUUAUAUAUAUUUUUGUUACGACUAUCAAAUUUUUUGUUGACGUUGAUAUCACAGUCCCAAUGAUGAGACCAAACCCAGACCGACACAAGACCACACGAUCAAUGAUAUAUUCAUUAUGGCCCUGAAAGGCCGUCAAUUUGGAGUCAGUUAGGAGUCGGUUUGGCAAUGUGACCGAGUUGUUUAGCAUAAUGUGAUCAACAUGAAUAUUUGUUAUCUUUUUUUUAUCUUAUGGUCACAUGAUGUUACAAUUCUUUGUAUCAAAGAUCAUGAAUUCAGUAUUAAACUUUAGUUAUUUACCUUGAUAUAUUUUGUAUCCAUCUUUGUAUUUAAAAACACACAUUUCCAUAGUACUCUUGAGAAAGAAGUUUCAGCUGAAUAUUGAUUAAUUAUUUAUUAACCUGUAUAUACUCCUUUUUAUGAAAUUUAAUAGCUUUGGUAUUGAACACAUUAUAUAUUUUUCAUAGAGUACCAGUACUAUACGAUUACAGAAUCAUGUUUCACCAUGUUAUGAGAAUACAUGUAUUGUCAUAUUAUAGUCAUUGAUCAUAAUUAUUGGUAUAUAUAUAUGAUUUUUGUAUGGGUUUUUUUUAAUAAGGUAUACUGUACUUACCAAGAUAAUCGAGAUUUACUAAGACUUUUGUAUGAAAAGUGCUGAAUUUUGUAUGUAGCUCACCUUAUGAGGGUUAAAAUCUGUUGAUAUUUACAACACCUUGAUCUGUAAUGUAUUUCUAAUAGGCGUCAUUGAAACUGUACUGUAGAGUGUAAUAUCAAACACUCAAUAAAAUAAUAUAUGAAGAGUUAUAUAUGAUUUGAUAUGCUUUAAUCAAUCCAUUCUGGAUAUGCAUGUGAAUGUAAAUUAUGCAUUUUAAUUCAAUUGCUUUUUUCCUGAAUCACCACCUCCUAUUGAAGAUGAAUUGAAGAUAAAUUUAGUAGCAGUCAAGUUUACCCAGCCCACUUUGUAUGUUUACUUAUCAGUAUUAAUGAGGUGAACUACAUACAUAUUUUUAUGAAACACCUUGAAUUUUGAUAAAAAAACAUUGUACAACAUUUAUUUAUAUUGUUCUGUAGAAUAGUUAGUUAAUAUUAUGUCACAAUUUUAUCAUAUGCAAAUUUCAUGUGUGCUUCCAUGUUUCGUAUGUUAAUUGAUUAGGCUUACAAACAAGGUAU